GCCGGGUUCGAGCUGAAAGAGGCUGCAGUGACGAGCCCAGUGGCGAUUGGCCGCCCGCCUGCCUGGCCCUGCCUUUAUAAUUUCCACACGAGUGCAUCUGGGCUCUUAUACAAACCAACAGCCAGCUUCUUCUGACAUACACACACGGCACUUUUUUCCACCAUCUGAUUAACCGCCCUGCAUACACACGGUGAUUAUUACGGGAAAACAUAAAUAAAUACGAAGAGGUUUUAUUAUUUUGACUACUGGAACCCUCGCUGUGUCUCAGUGCAACUUUUGUUUUUUCUUGCUGCUGGGAAAGGUGCUGCUCUCGAUGCUUUCCUCUCACUCACGGACCCUUUAAAAAAAAGGGAAGGAAAAAUAUCGCCCCCUCCAGUCCCCCGCCCGCUCCCCCUCCCUUCACCCCCCCGCCACACACACUUCAAGACGGCUGAUCUAAAAAAGCAGGAAGAGAGCAUCUGAGGAGCAGCAGCCCCGGCGCAUUUUGAAAAACAUUUGUUACAUUUCAGAGUGCGGCAGCCUGUUUCUCCUCUGAAGUUGGCUCCAGCCAUAGCAGCCGCAUUGGAUCCCACAGCCUAUUGCGAGACUCCGGUAUACAAUCCGGAUCUCUGCCCCAACAUGAUCGCGGCCCAGGCCAAGCUGGUGUAUCAUUUGAAUAAAUACUACAAUGAGAAAUGCCAAGCCAGGAAAGCUGCAAUCGCCAAAACGAUCCGAGAAGUCUGCAAAGUGGUGUCGGACGUGCUGAAGGAGGUGGAGGUGCAGGAGCCUCGCUUCAUCAGUUCCUUGAACGAGAUGGACAAUCGCUACGAGGGGCUGGAAGUCAUCUCCCCCACGGAGUUUGAAGUCGUGCUGUAUCUGAACCAAAUGGGGGUUUUCAACUUCGUGGACGACGGCUCCUUGCCGGGCUGCGCUGUGUUAAAGUUAAGCGACGGGCGCAAGAGGAGCAUGUCCCUCUGGGUGGAGUUCAUCACAGCGUCUGGCUACCUCUCCGCUCGCAAAAUCCGGUCCAGAUUCCAGACUCUGGUGGCUCAAGCCGUGGAUAAGUGCAGUUACAGAGACGUGGUAAAGAUGGUGGCAGACACCAGCGAGGUGAAGCUGAGGAUCAGGGAUCGGUACGUCGUGCAGAUCACUCCAGCGUUCAAGUGCACGGGGAUCUGGCCGCGGAGUGCUGCGCACUGGCCGCUUCCCCACAUCCCCUGGCCGGGACCCAACCGGGUGGCGGAGGUCAAGGCGGAAGGCUUCAACCUCUUGUCCAAGGAGUGCCACUCUCUGGCCGGCAAGCAGAGCUCGGCCGAGAGCGAUGCCUGGGUGCUGCAGUUCGCGGAAGCUGAGAACAGACUGCAGAUGGGCGGCUGCAGGAAGAAAUGCCUCUCCAUCCUCAAAACCUUACGGGACCGUCACCUGGAGCUGCCGGGCCAGCCCCUGAAUAAUUAUCACAUGAAGACUCUGGUUUCCUACGAAUGCGAAAAGCAUCCCCGCGAAUCGGACUGGGACGAGUCGUGCCUGGGGGACCGGCUCAACGGGAUUUUACUGCAGCUCAUCUCGUGCCUCCAGUGCAGGAGGUGCCCGCACUACUUCUUGCCCAACUUAGACCUCUUUCAGGGCAAACCUCACUCGGCCCUGGAAAACGCGGCCAAACAAACGUGGCGACUGGCUAGGGAAAUACUUACCAACCCGAAAAGUUUGGAGAAACUUUAGAGGGUAACUAUAAAACCGGCCUGACCGAUAAAUCUGCUAAUUUCCCGAUGAAGUUUAAGAUGUCUGUUUGAAAAGUCAUAUAUUCCCACUUGACAAUGCAAAAAAAUAUUAUCUUUUAAAAAGGAAUAUGGCUUAGGCUCUUCACAAAGAAAAGCAAAUGAGAACAACAAGCGUCGUUCCUCUUCGUCACAGUUUUGCAGUUCCCCGUGGGGGAAAAACAAAAAGAAAGAAAGAAAGAAAGAAAAAAAAAAAAGAAAGAAAAAAUAAUGAAAGUGUGUUACCUGGAAAGGAAAAUUGGCCGUAAUUUGGUUGUGACCAUUCUGCCCAAAAACGGUACCAACGGAUUAUAACAAAACCCGGUAUUUUUAUGUAAACCUUCUGUGAGUAAAAGCUAUUUGGAUAUGCCACCUGAACAAACCCUAAUGUACCUUUUAAUUUGUAUCAAAUAUUGUGAUCUCACAUUGUCUUUGAAAUUGUGGAUGUUGGUGUUUUGUGAUUUGGUGAACAGAAGUUAAAUUGCCAUUUUGGAUACUUCAAGGACAUUUUUCUGCUAAAAAGAAGAUACCAUUUAAAAAGGUAGAUUUUAUCAUGGUACUUUUGUUAAUUGUCUUUUGAAGUGUCUGAACUUAACAAGUUUACAUUUUUCGUUUCAUAUAUAUUGCUUGUUCUAUUUCUAACAUUCCAUAAAUAUACUUGAAAUGUUAUUUAAAUAUAUUCAAAAGAAAUUUGGAUUCUGCUUAUAUAAUAACGCUUGAAUAUUGGAAUUAUAUAUUUGAAAAUGCACUUGAAAUACACUGGAUAAUUACUUUUUGUGAUUUAGAUUUUAAUUUCUGUUGCUGAUUUAUUUAAUUACAAGCUAAUAAAUGAAGUAAAAUGCA